AUGGCGCCCACGAGCCGCAUCUACCUGACCCGGCACGCCCAGGCCGAGCACAACGUUGACGAAGACUACUCGAUCCUCGAUGCGCCCCUGACUGAUCUCGGCAAGAAACAGGCGCAGCGCCUGCCGCUGCUGACGCAGGACCUGCAAAGCAUCGCCCAGGUCGUGCUCAGCUCGCCGCUGCGCCGCACGCUGCAGACGACUGCGCUUGGCUACCCUGAUGCGGUAAAGCGCCUGGGCGGCCACGCCAAGGUGGUGUGCCUGCCGCAGCUGCAAGAGUGCAGCGCGAACCUUUGCGACACGGGCUCGAGCCGCGCCGAGCUCGAGGCGAUUCCCGAGUUUGCGCGCUUCGACCUGUCGCACCUGACCGACGACUGGACGAGCAAGGCGGGCUUUUACGGUGCCGAGCCUGCUGCGCUCGACGCGCGUGCGCGCUGGAUCCGCCAGUAUUUGCGCGAGCGCCCCGAGGAGCACAUUGUCGUCGUCGCCCACGGAGACAUUCUGCGCCGCAUGAUCGGUGAAGAGUACCCCUGGACCAACGCCGAGGUGCGCCUCUUUCAGUUCGACCCCGCGACCGUGGCGGACGCGGACUGCCCCCUCUUUCACGUGCAGGACAUUGCCGCGGGCGGCCGCACGGAUGCGGACCUCUUGCAGCGCGGCGCGCCGGCCAACUCGACGAACGUGCUCCCCGCCGUGGCUACUGUAAGCGAGGACGUUUCGGACGUGUCGGGCGAGCGCAUCGCCUCGAUGGAGGCGCGCGUAAAGCAGAUCCAGGCCUCGGUGCAGUCGCAGGCGAGCGAGCUGGAGGACCUCGACCGCCGCCUGGCCGAGGCCGAGGUGAAAAAGGCCGCGCUGGAAAAGAGUACGUAG